AGUCAUCCCAUAUUUGAGUAUUAGAAUAGUUAAUUGAUGUCAAGAGAAAGUCAACGUAGACCUUAUAAUAAAAUUAUACAUAAAGUAGAGUUAUAUUGUGAUUUGACUGUGGAAGAUUUACCACCCGUGAUAGACUCUGAAUUAAAAAAAACCCACCAAUCCACCAUGAGAUGUUCAUUCAACCACCCGUGAGAUCUAGAAGUAGAGAAGAGUGAUGUAGUUUCUCUCGUCGUUCCUAAAUAUUAAACAAACACUGAGAAACGCGUUCUUUAUUUAAAAACAAAAACCCUGAGAAACGCGUAGAGACGUUGACCCUGAAUAUAAGAUUAAUCUCUAAUUAUGUCAUCAACAGCUAUAUCAUCUUUUGUCUCUCAGACGACUAACAGACCAUUCCAAUGGGUGUAAAGGCCAAGUCCAAAGUACAUGUGCGUCCCCCUCAGGUGUUCGUCAACUUCCGUGGCGAUGAGCUCAGAGAAAACUUUGUGAAUCAACUCGUAAGGGCCUUAAGAAAGGGUGAGAUCAAUGUCUUUAUAGACGUCCAUGAGUUGAAGGGGAGAACACUUAAAACUCGCUUCACAAGGAUCCAGAACUCGAGAAUCGCGCUUGCCAUAUUCUCCAAGAGGUACUGUGAGUCUGAGUGGUGUUUGGAUGAGCUUGCAAUGAUGUACAAACAAAUGAACGAAGGUAAACUCGUGGUGAUCCCAAUAUUCUACAAUGUAACCGCAAAUGAUGUUAAAAGAGCAUGCAAUCCUGGUAGAGUAGCUGAUGUCAAUGGAGAAGAAAAAGAGUUCACUACUCUUUUCAAGAAAAUGAAGGAGAAACAUGCAAAUGAUCCCCAGAAGAUCAAUAGAUGGGAGGUUGCCCUGAAGUCUGUCACCGAAAGAAUAGGCCUUUCCACAGAAGUAUACGGGUAUAUAUACUUAUGAUUCUUCUUAUAUCAAGAGCACAGGGAAACACUAAAGGCUUCUCUUCUUUAACUCAUGAAUCAUGUCUUUUCCGCAGAAAAACUCUGGUUAAGACUAUAGUUGUGGAGGUUAGGAGACAUCUAGGCAUAUGCCCCUGAGGAAACCAAUGUCUAAUGUAGAAGUUGCUUUUACUGCUCUUUGGACAAGUUCAGUCUUUAGCUUUAUCAUAGCUCCUAUGCUUUUCCCAAAUGUGAAAUUUUUCACGACUGGUAAGUGGGUCUUAGGUUUUCCAUUUUUGGUUCUUGUUUGUCACAUUUAGAACGGUGAAAACAACACUGGCUUACAUCAGCCAACUGAGUCAUAUCACCAUUUGGGACGAUAAGGAAAACCAUAACAAACAACCCGGUCCACUUUCGUCGGGAAAUGUAAACGUCGUCGCACCGCUUGAUAUAGAGAAGAAAAGCAGAAAAAACCAUACCGUCUUCCAUCCGCCAAACCUGUCCUGUGACAGCUGUAAUUAGACUUGCAAAGAUAUGAAGCAAAUCGUAAAUUAUUUGUCAUUAUUUUUCUUAGUAAUGGUCUUCAAUUUUAUUCAAACAAGUGUUUGGUUUUAUAUUUGUUAUUUAUCAUUGAAACA